AUGGCCCUAGAUGGCGAGGUCAAUGAAGGCGGUUUGGCAUGGUAUAUGCAACAGCGAUUUUCGGACAUGUACACAUAUACUGGGCAGAAUAACGUUCAACACCUUCCAAUCAUUACUCACGACAAUGAUGAACAAAACAACGGCCAGAAUGGCGUUUCCGGAGACACUGAACUUCCAGCAACCAGUCUUGGUACUAGAGAUGAAACUGCAUUGAGCACAGGUUGGCGUCCUCCGAAUGUGGACCAAUUGAGCCCACCAAUGAUAAGAUUCCUCGACACGACAGGAGACCAAAUAGCGAAUAACACAGCCGGCUACCACGAGGCGCGAGGUCAUCCUUAUGAGCCAAGCAUUAUCUCAGAUCAGGGCGUAUCAAGUACCUAUGAAGACAUCCAGAAGCACAGGAGUGUCAAUGGCAAAGGCCCGACCCUCAAACUUCCAAUUGAGGUUGACAGAUACUCGGAAGCCGAGCAGAGCAUUCUGGAGAAAGGAUCCGUGGCUCCGUCUUGGGCUGCUAAACAUAAGCCGGGAGAAUAUAACGACGAUUCAGAUGCGGACGAUGCCAAAGAUCCCCAUAACGCCGACGAUGACGUGUAUGACAGCGACCUAGAUUCUCAGAGGUCUCAACCCAACCGCACAAAACGGGAACAUCACAAAAAAAUGAGGGAAUGGCGCUCCAAGGCGACGACAAGAUUCGAAAAAAUGCUACUUGACUGCAUAGUGAAUACAGAUGAAAUAGCCCCGGAUUAUAAAGAUGUGGUUGUCGAUUUGGAAGUCAUUAUGAAGCUGGAAGAUGCCACCCGCCUGUCACUCCAACGGCGUCGCGCCUUUUCUCACGGUGUCCUCAAAGGAAAUAGAAUCACUGGGGCCAUUCUUUGGGGUCCACCGGGGACUGGCAAGACAUUACUUGUACGGGCGCUGGCUAGGCAAUCCGAGUUUAAUAUGCUCUCAGUCUCCACUGCUGAACUCUGGCAGAAGUGUCAUGGCGAGGACGAAAAGGUGAUCAAAGCGGUCUUCUCCAUGGGUCGAAAGCUGUCUCCAUGCAUCAUCUUCUUAGACGAGGCCGACGCCAUGCUCGGAACACGAAAGGCCGGCGAGAAAAGACACAUACGCGCCAUGUUCAAUCAAUUUCUGAUGGAAUGGGAUGGGCUUAUAAGUAGCAAACAAGCUCCGUUCCUGCUGCUGGCUACCAACCGGCCGUUCGAUCUUGAUCCAGCCGUCUUGCGUAGGGCACCUAUGCAAAUCCAUAUGGAUCUUCCGAACCCAAAUGAGCGAUUGGAAAUUAUUAAAAGGCUGCUUGCGGAUGAGACCCUGGAAAGAGGCAUGACAUACCACUUUCUCUCGCAACAGACACAACUCUACUCAGGCUCUGACUUGAAGAAUCUAUGCGUCACAGCAGCAACACUCUGCGUAAGGGAGCAAAAGGAGGACACCGAGAAGCGCAUCCUAACAAGGAAACACUUCAUUGAGGCAUUGGAAACUAUUAAACCGACAAACAUGACCAAAGUGAUGAAGAAUGAGUUACAGAAAUUUGAGAAGAACGUCGGCCAAAAUGAGAAUAACCAAGAAGAGGAGUAG